GCCUUCCUGGUGAGGAUGAGCAGCGACGUCCUGGACACGGCGCUGAAGCUGCCGCACGUGAAGUACAUCGAGGAGGAUGCUUACGUCUUUGCCCAGAGCAUUCCCUGGAACCUGGGCAGGAUCCUGCUGCCACAGCCCAGCUCGGGCCCCUACAGCCCUCCCAAUGAAGGUGACCUGGCCGAGAUUUACCUGCUGGACAGCAGUGUGCAGAGCACCCACCGGGAGAUCCAGGGCAGGGUGACUGUGACUGGCUUCGAGAGCAUCCCCGAGGAGGAUGGCACCCACUUCCACAGGCAGGCCAGCCAGUGUGACAGCCACGGGACCCACGUGGCCGGGGUGCUGAGCGGGCGCGACGCCGGCGUGGCCAGGGGCGCCAACAUCCGCAGCCUCCGGGUGCUGAACUGCCAGGGGAAGGGCACCGUCAGCGGCACCCUCAUGGCCCUGGAGUUGAUCAGGAGCACGCUGGAGGCUCGGCCGAACGCGCCGCGGGUGGUGCUGCUGCCCCUGGCCGGCGCGCAGAGCCCCGCGCUGAACGCGGGUUGCCGGCGGCUGGCACGGACGGGAGCGGUCAUGGUGGCGGCUGCCGGCAACUACAAGGACGAUGCCUGCCUCUACUCUCCUGCCUCCGAGCCGGAGGUCAUCACGGUCGGUGCCACCGACAGCGAGGACCAACCCGCCUCCAUCGGCACGCUGGGCACCAACUUUGGCCGCUGCGUGGACCUGUUUGCCCCGGGGGACGACAUCAUCGGCGCCUCCAGCGACUGCAACACGUGUUUCACGGCGCGGAGCGGGACCUCGCAGGCGGCCGCGCAUGUGGCAGGCAUCGCGGCCGUGCUGCUCAGCGCCGAGCCCCAGCUGAGCCGGGCCGAGCUCCGCCAGCGCCUCCUGCGCUUCUCCACCAAGAACGCCAUGGACACGGCGUGGAUCCCGGAGGAGCAGCGCCUGCAGACACCCAACAGCGUGGCAAGGCUGCCCGCCCGGCUGGGGGCAGAGGAGCGGCUGCUCUGCCGCUCGGUGUGGUCGGGGCCCGCCCGGCACGCCAGGGCCGUGGCUCGCUGCGCCAGCACCGAGGAGAUGCUCAGCUGCUCCAGCUUCUCCCGUAGCGGCAGCCGGCUGGGGGAGCACAUGGAGGACAAGGACGGGCAGAAGCAGUGCGUGGCCCACGUUGCCUUCGGGGACCAGGGCGUUUAUGCCAUCGCCAGGUGCUGCACGUGGCCCAGGGCUGGAUGCCGGAUCAAGGCCGGAUCCCCCGGGGCCGGGGGGGCCGAGUGCUCCCCAGGAGACCACGUGCUGACCGGGUGCAGUUUCCACUCCCCAUCCGUGGUGCUGGGUGCUGGUGGCAGGCCCGUGGAGGGGCUGGAGAGGGGGCCCAGCCGCUGUGCCAGCAGGACAGAGGCUGUGGCACACGCCUUGUGCUGCCCCAGUGCCAGCCUCGAGUGCCGGCUGAAGGAGCACACGGCCCUGGAACAUGAGGAGAAGGUGACAGUGUCCUGUGAGGAUGGCUGGACCCUGACAGGCUGUCACACCCUGCCCCAGAGCCCCUCGGGAGCCCACGCCCAGGACAAUUCCUGCGUGGCAGCCGCUGGCCCUGGCAGCAGCUCGGCCGUGGCCAUUGCCAUCUGCUGCCGGAGCCGGCCGUAGGGACAGAGCUGGAGGGGUGGCUCCUGGGGCACAGCAGGGCUGGAGGCCUUGCUGGACUGGUGUGUCCCUGGCUCGGUGCCUUUCCAGGGUUUCCAGAACAAUCCACGCUCCGGCAUGCAGGUGAUGAUCAAACUUGUCUCCCCCUUGCACACAGCGGGGUCAGGAUCCAGGGCCAGCAUCAAGGGUGGCUCUUAAAGAGCUCUCCAAGCAUCCCCCAUGCAGCUGGAGCCCUGUCCCAUCACUGGAGUCAUCCCAAAAUCCUUUCCCUGCCGUGCACUGAGUCUUCCUAUAAACACCUUGACAGAAGAAGCCGUGGUGUUGUCACCCAACAUAGGAAAAAUCCACCGCUUUUUAAAGAAAAAAGUGUUGUGAGGAUCACUCCUUCCUUUCCUGCUUAGUUGCUCAUUAGUUGUCAGCUAAUGCUGCUUAGCACCUGGAAAAUCUUAGUUUAGCCAUUUUUGGGCAGUUUUAUAAUUGCCUAAUCGAAUUCCUAGGAGAUUUCUUUACUUUUGAGUCAAGUGUAAGGGCCUUAGUUUAAACAGCCUGCUUGGUUAAUUAGAUUUUUAUCUGCAUUGCUACAGUCAGCUACUGCUUCAUUAGUGCUUUUUUUGUUGUUGAGUCAAAGUUAAUGAUCUGCUGGUGUUAUGUGUUAACAGUUUCUGGUCUUCCCAAGACACAUAGAACUGUAGGAAGCUGUAAUUCCUUAAAAAAACCCCAGAACAAAGAAAAAUCUUUCAUAGCACCUUAGUUUUUACAUUUGUACCCUAAAUAUUUACUUGGAGUUUUAUAAAUGAGCGUUUUAUAAAUGUCUUUUUAAAAUAAAACUCAUAGACCUGUGCUCUUGUGGUCCUUUGUCUGCCUUCACAGACAUCCCCCUGGGGAACUGU